AAAUGAUGAUAAACAAUUUCCUUCCUGAGUCUUGAAGGCCAAGAUAAGAAGUUACAUUUUUAUAUUAGCUUGCUGGCACUGUUCUGAGCUGUGGCAUUAAGACAUUCACUACAAGUGACUUUUCUGCUCAAUACCAAGCAAGAAUGAACCUGGUGAUACUUGCUACCCUCCUAAUCUGCUGCAUUCCUGAUGCCAAGCCCUGCCCAUCGUCCUGCGACUGCAGCCUGCUGGGAAACGAGGGCUUGCGGGUUGACUGCAGCUCCCGGUGGCUGAAAGAGGUGCCAACCCUGCCCGACAAAACAGUCUUACUUUACCUACAGAACAACAUGCUGACGGGCAUUCAGGCUGGUAGGUUCGACAGGCUGCACUGCCUACAGAGCCUGGACCUGUCCCAGAAUCCCUUGAGCUGUGACUGUGACAUUGUGUACCUCAAACACUGGUUGGACGACAAUGCCAAUGUGUCGGUGACAGGGGCCACUUGCAAAGGCCCAGCAAGCCCAGAGACACCAACCACUAUAACCCAGCUUAGUGGCAACGAGUUCGCGGGCUGCAGAAGCACCAAUCCGAUCGACUGCUGGGGUCUCCUCCGAAUUGAUCUGAUCAUGUUGGGUGUUUUUGUCCUGCUGGUACUCAUUCCGGUGGCUUAUUUGUAUUCAAUCUCAAAACGAUUAGCUUGCUGUGUUGCGAUGACAAUGGACACUGUACUUUAUAGAAGAACUACAGUGAGGAGGCUAAAAUCCCAAUAAAAAAGCAAACAAGUAGGGCAUGUUCUAUAUAAACACACACAGAGUAACCAGGCACAUUUCUAUUGUAUAGCAGAGAUCCUAUGUAUAAUGUUUGGCACUUCAACUGAAUAAACAGCAU